CUCCACUCCUCCCCUUUCAGGAAAAAAAUCUUUGUAUCCGGAAAUUAAUAAACUCGUGAUGUUAGGAGGUAGCUAAGCAUCCAGAUGACUAGCUUGUUAGCUAGCUAACUACUUUUACGCAUAAGAUUUCAAAUGUUUUGAAAUGUCGACAGUUAGCUACAUAGUAAGAGAGGUUUUCAUCGACGGAAGUGGGAUUACUAAAGCUUACGACAAACGGUUGAUUUAACCGCUGACGGGUUCCACAGCUAGCAACAUCGGCAGUCUGAGUUGAGAUUUGUGCUAGCGUUAGCGCCGCAUCGAAUACCUUCUCUGCUCUGUAGACAUGAUGCAACGAAUGUUGGAACAAGUGACAGAUUUCGUGGACUUUACUAGAGGUACAGAUUUAAACGAGUACCUAAGACAGACGUAUUCGAAUAACAGAAGUUGCAAAAACAAUCUAUCAGAUGUGCGCGUGAGCCCAGAUGGACGCCACAUUCACGUCAUUCUCCGCAAACCCAAGGUUGGUCUCAUGACUUUUGACAAAUAUCAGAGACCGCAGCAGAUCCAGAGCCAAAAGCACCUAGAUUUGGGGAUGACUCGGGCUGUGCCCAUUGUGGAUAUUGUAUAUUUUGACGACAAAAACAGAGACGGCGGUGUUGCGCUGUUAGCUGUCAUAUUCGAGAAUGGAAAAGCAGAGUUUUGGAAAUUUCUGGAACUCAAAGGGGGAUGGCAUCCCCUGCACACCGCGGACCUUUGCAACAGCCCCCGGGCUAAAGUAAUCUCUGUCUCGGCCAGUCAGAACUACAUCGUCUGGUGUGAGGAGCGGCCACCGUCAGAGAGUUCAUUACUUGUCAACGAGACCCACAAUUUCAGGUACUGCAUCUGCAAACGAACCUAUGAGGUGGAGGAAAUGGCUGUCAGUUUAGGGGGCAUGAAAAUUGCUCUGCACAACAACCCCCGCUACAACGUCAUCAGCUCAGGUGAGAAUGUUUACCUACUACCCGAUUUGAAAGACAAAUCCACCAUGUCCCUCUCCAAAUUCUUUCUCAUGUGGUCCCCCCGGUAUGACACAUUCAGAGUGAGCAGCACCUGUAAAGGUAAUCUCCUCCGAAAAGACUCACCUUAUACAAAAGAAUCUGACUUUAGAAGGUUGAUAACAGACUGCACGGGAUACCUAUCAGCCCUUAGCCCCCCUGAUAUAUAUGGCUACUCCCCCACUGGCAGUGGAGGCCUGUUACUGCUGCUCAGCACAGGUUGGGUCAGUCUACUACAGAAGGAUGGGGUGUUACGACAGAUCUACAAACUAGCUGACAACUGCCUAGCCAGCAGCAGUGCCCAUAACAGCCUGAACGUGUACCAGGACACCCUGGCUCUGACCAUCGGACGGACCCUCUACCUGAUUGACACUACGUGUGGUGUGGAGCUGGAGAAAAUAGCCCUGAAGAGAGAGGGGCUACUCUACGUGAACAGGACCGAGAGGCAGGCACCACACCUGCUGUUAGAAACCGGCCUAUAUGUAGUGAUGCUCCGGGACGGCGACCCCUGGGGCCACGACUCUGACCCAAAGCAGAAGACCCCGUCCCUGGGUACAGGAGAGAGCAUCAGCCCUGCGGCUCUACUGGUAGAGGCUGUGUUCGAGGAAGCCUGUAAGUAUUACCAACAGAGAAGUCUCAGCAGCACUCGGCUCACUGUGGAGAAGUUAAAGAGAGGAGGGAUGUUCCAGGCUCCUAUCACUCUGGCAAACAUCGUCGGAGACUACCUCCAGAGCAGGGGGGAGAGGGGAGUGGAGUUACCCCAGGGAGGAGGCAGGAGAGGACAGGAGAAGCUGCUCGGGUCCCUGGAGGCUGAACUGAAGGGGCUGGUCUCCCUAGAGGAGGUGAAGGGGGGAUUGGUGAAGGAGAGGGAGGUGGAGGAUGUGUGUGAGAGUCUAGUGCAGCAGGAAGUGGGGAGACUCCUCUUGUCGUCAGAGCUCGACCGAGACUCUCUACUCUACCUCAACUCCAUCUUCAGCCUGUUCCCCGGUCAGGCUUGGAGGGCCACACAGAGCGCUCUGCAGCUACGCUGCAACGGAGAGGGCUCUCUCUCCUCUAAAGUGCCCCCGGAGGUCUGGAAGACUGUCCUCAGCCCUGUACAGGCCCCCACUGUCACCGCAAACCUGCCCUACACCAAUGGCAACAGCCAGUCUAAACACAAGCCACCCAAACCUUGCCCCAGCACUGGCUCUAGUUUUAAACUUAGCCCCAGCCUUAGCUCCAACUCCUGCCCACCUGCCGCUAACUCGGCCCUGCCUGUCUUCGAGCUCCUGUGCCACUCCGUCUUCUGCUUCCAGCCCAGCUGGCUGCCCAGGUUCCUGGAGCUGGCCCAGCAGCAGCAGACCUCUGCAGGCUUGGGGAUGGGUCUAGGCCUUGGUGGCUCCACCUGGAGCUACUCUGGAGGUAGGGGAUUUGCAGAGAAUGGAGAGAGCCUCCCCCUGUAUAAACGCGCCCUUUCAGCUCUGCCUCUACCUGGCCCCGGAUCAGACCUGAAACAAUACCCAGAUUAUGAACAAAACCAGGACUUGGAGGUGGAUCUCCUUUUGGUGAGUGGUAGGCCAAAUGCUGUCCUCCAGGCUCUGAGGAUCUUGAUGGGGAGACGACAGUGGGAGAGGGUAACCCAAGUGGCACAGCGGUUCUGCAGGCAGAGUCCCUUACUGAACAAAGAGAUCUUUACUACCUUACUGUGUGAGGUGGCCCAGCAUCGAGACCUGGAUCCAUACCUAGACCUCCUCUGGGCUCUGUGUCCUGAAGAUCUUACGGUCACGGCCAUACUUAACAUUGUGCUGAAAAAUAUACCCUCAUCAUCUUCCUUAUCUACAUCCUUCUCCCCCUCCUCAAAUAUCCCUCCCUCCUCUCCCUUUGCUGACCCCCAGUCCAGCCAGUUGACCUUUGGGUUGUUGAAGCCGUUGCUCAGUAAGGUUCUACAGAGAGAGACCAGGCCCAACCAGCGAUAUGCUGACAUCCUCCAGUCGCCCUCGUUCCCCCCUCCCACGCCCCCUCGUCAGGCUAAAGGACUGCCUAGGUCCACCACCGAGCCUAGCAUAGGCUUAGAUCAGCAGCACAAUGAUAUCAUCAGCAACAUGGCGGCCAUCUUGGAUCAACACGACCCAUCUAAACACAGGACUGUCCACGGGGGCAGGGUGACCUCCACUCCGAACCCCGACUGAGACGCACACACGCACACUGGUCUCUCACCCCAUAACCCUUGUCUGACACUCCCACAACCUGUCAAUCCUGCCAUACUCAAAACACACACACAGUCUAUUUCUGCUCUGUAGGGAAAAGUGCUCUUUGGCUGCGGCGAUAUCUUCAUGUUACUCUACUUGAUGUGCAGUGUUGGCUACGAAAACAUUUUAACAGAAUAAAAAUAACAAAAAAACUAUUGAUACCAUUAUUGAGAUUUCAGUUGAUUGGUAUAGGUAGUAGUGGGUUGUUAGAUUGAGAUUUGUCUAAUCUGCUAUUGAACAGCAUACUUUAAGUGUUUCUUCUACACUGAAGCAGGACUGUGCCUGAACAACAAAAUCAGUCAACAAAACAAAAUGUCCUCUUUUAGGCAAGCUUCAUUUGAGGUUUCUUUUCUGUUGUCAAUCAUAAGCAGAUGAGUAACCAUAGCUGACAGUUUACUUUCCGAACAAAAUAUUGCCUUAAAGUUAUUCCAAGUUAUUUAAAUGACUACUAAAUCUUACCAUUGUACAUACCUCUCUUUGAUUUUCAUUUUGUAUUUUAAAAUGUGUAUAUAUGUGGUGUUAUUUAAGUGUUAUUGUGUGAUCAGGAAUGCACACAGAGUAGAAUGCUAGCUAAGAGUUGCCUUGCAUUCGAUAAACUCAGCCUUAAUGGAAAGAACAUUAAUAGACUAAUAUACAGUAUGUAUUGAUAUUAUGAACAGAUUAUUAAGUGUGCAUGUCGCAGAGCUACCAUUCUUGUAUGUAAUAUGGUAGAACUCCAUUAACUGUCCUCUUUUUUUUUAUCAACUUGCUCAAUAUUCAUUCAUUGUUGUGGGUCUUGUUCAGCAGGCACAAAACGGAACAUGUUUUCCAACAGAAAAUGUUUAAAAAGCUACAAUGAACAUUCUCAUUGGUCAUGUUCAGGUAGUGCCUCUUGUGCUUCAAAAUGUUAUUUUCUAAUUCGUGCCUACUGUACACAACCUGGAUCUUUUUUGCUUUCGCCAACUCUGUGUCAUAAUAUCCCAGGUGGUUUACUGUACUUUAAACCUACUAAGAAUCGAAAGCCCUUUGUCAGCCCAUAGUGAUACAGUUAUCGGACCCUGACCCACAAACCUCUGUGUUGAAUGUUUAUUUGUUUAGAAUAUUUUGAACCCUUGGCUCUAGGGAGUAAAUGUUUCAUCUCUGGGACGUGACUUCUGGGUUUAGUGUAUGUUCCUCAUAAAGUCAGUCAAUCGUCACGCUCAAACAUGGAACUAUUUUACUGAACGUGUCUGUUUGAAAAUAACAUUGAUAUAAUGACACUUUUUCCAGCAGCAGUGGAAAAGUUCUAUAGUGAAACAUGUUAUUUAAGAGAUGCUGCUUUUGGAGGAAAAUGUUCAGUUAAAAAGUGUACAUUUUCUUUCAGGGGUAGAUUAAUAUUUAUAUCUUUCUACUUCUUUAAACCCUUGUUGCAUUCUCUCUUUCUCUUUUCAUUAUCUUCUCAACCCUCUCUUCAGUCUCUCCCCUGUCCACUCCAGUCUCUCUUUCUCCAGUUCCACCCAGCACAUUCCUACCAAACUGCCCUGUAGAGCAGAGGUGAUUCACUGUCUUCGAGCUCCUGUAAUUUAAUUUGGGGUAACGCUGUUAUGUCCUUAGUAGGGGUGGGGUAGGCCCAAACCAAAGCACAUCUCACACACGGCACUCUGCACCAGGUCACGUCUCCCUGCAUGGGCCAAGUGACUGUAAUGUCGUUAUGGAUGUUAGACCCUCUGUCUGUUUCUCCUAACAUUUUCUCUCUCUCUGUCUAUCCACUGUUGGCAUUCGCUCUUUCUCCUGUUAACAUUCCCCGUCUCCAUUUCACCUCUGCUCUCGUUCUCCUUCUCUCUCUGUUUUCUGCUCCAUGAUUGACACACACAGAGGAGUUCAUGCUCUACAUGCUGUAUGUGUUUCUUCCCCAUUGUCAGUAUUACAGAACAUCCUACUAUUGUUUACUUGUCAUGUCUGAGUAAAAUGUUAAAGUCUGGAGAUCAAACCUUGUAAACAAAGCUUGUUUUAAAGUGCCUACAUUUUUUAUUUUAUAGAAAGUGUUCUUUAGCAUUUAGAUUUAGAAUCAAACUGAUUCUUUAAAUGUUUUGCACAGUGCAGUAGUCUGAGUCCCAGAUAUGUUUGUGCUGUCUUGCCAAUGACAUGUGAGUUGGAAUGACAGUACAGACAAAUCUUGGACUCAGGCUAACAGAGCUGUGGAACCAACUCUAAAGAAUAUAAUUUGUUUAUGAAAUUAUUUGUUUCUGUAGUUCUAUCCAGAUAUAUUCUGUGAAGUUGGUGAAGCCUAACCUGGUUAAAACUGACUGAACACUGCGCUCACAAAAAUACGGCCUGCUAAGGCACACAGUCAGUGACACUCCAGAAUGCUACUGGAAUGACUGAGUUCCUUCAGGCAGCUGCUGCUCCUCAUUCACAACCUAGUGUCACAUAUCUGCUCUAAUGCAGUCACCACCACUGUUAUAGAUACAGCCAUAAGAAGCAUGGAUGUUGUGUGAGUGAGUGACAUGGGGUAAUUUGUUUUGCCUGAUCAUGUGACUCGGCCAGUUAAAACUGGUUGCCUGCUCCGAGAGACAAAGAUGACUUACUCUGUGCUGGAAUUCUCCACCCAUUUCCUUGAAGUGAUUCAAGGAAAAUCCCCCACGUAGAUCAAACAGAAUGUCCUCAAACAAGAGCAUGGGAUCGAUGUAAUAACCCAUACUAACACCAGCCCUAUGCUUUCAAAUCUGCGGAGGAGUGCACUCCAGUGAAAAGGGUUGCUGGGUAUGGCUCAUGAGAUUCUGUGACUUGUGAUGACAUUCUGUUAGUUUGAUGUUUCACUGUGCAUAUGAUAACUGACGAGACUAUCCUAGUAUGUCGGGUGCACAUCUACAGUCCUGGAGGGCCGCAAAUGGCAGUUUUUUUAUUACUUUUAAUCAGACUGUAUAUUCUCUUUGGCCAAUCAGUGAUCAAUAAGUGAAACUAAAACCAGUAGGAUUGCAGCCAUCGACUUGAAUUUGAUACCCCUGCAGUAUGUGAGAAUGGAUGGAUGUAUAAAGCCUUAGCAUAACAAGAAAAUCACAUAAAACACCAUUGCCUAGCAUCCUACUAUUCAAUCCAGACAGGUGAAUGUGCUCAGAAUCAGAAGUCUUUGUUUAUUUGCCUUUGCUCCACUUUGACAGGUGGAGUUCCCCUUUUUUAUUGCCUGUUAUCAAAUGUUCCGGUCAGCUGUGAUGACUGUUCCAUGUACAGUACUUUAGCCUUCUGCAGUGUUUCACUUUCAGCCACACAGAUAUCAAAUGUUUGAAUGCAAAAUGCGUGUGUUAUUAAACCCAAGUUAAAACUUCUA